AUGCGAAACUUCCAAAUUCAGCCCCAAAGCUCUAGGCACUUCAUUAAAGAUGCAGAACGUGAAGCACUGGCGCUCAGGUGGCGGGCUCACGACACGAGGUUCGACUCCACCACCGAAGGCUGCCUUUGCUCCGUAAGGCAACCAGCCGACCGCACCGCCCCCGCCGGCCGCCAGCCCGCCGCCCGCCCGACAGUUCCCGGACAGCAUCCUCACGGUUUCCAGGGCAACGAUUCCCGCCCAAUCAGAGGCCGGGUCGCAGGCCUACGAUUGGCUGAUGCCACCAAGGGCGGGGCCAGUUGCGCGGGGCUUGAGCGCGGGCAAACCCGCGCCCGGAACCCCGGCAUCCCCGCCCCUCCCCCUCGCUCGCCCCCGCCCCUCUGCGCGGGAGCUCAGCUCCUCCCUCCACGGCCCCCAGCAGAGCGGGAGGCGGGAAACGGCCGCCGCCGCCGCCGCCGCCCGCCCCAGCCCGCUCCCGGGGCCCGCAGGCCCGGCGCCGUGUCCCUCUGCUUCCUGCUGACCUGUCAGUCCACCUCACGGUCGGAGCCGCCGGGGGCCGAAUGGGGACCCUGGGCACCCCCUUUCCCGCCCAGGCCCUGGAGCCCGCGUGUCGGGCGAUCAGUCAGCCUUUCCGCCGCGCCGAGGUGGGUGCCGGAGGGAAACGCUGGGACCGGGACUGGCGGGCGGACGGGCGGGCAGGGGAGCGUGGCCGUCCUGGAGCAGUCAAGCCCCCGAUUUGAAAUUAACCCGCUCCCGGCGCGAGCCGAUCCCGCGGGCGGGGAGGGCGCUCCCCUCCCCCACCCCGCUCUGCCCGGCCCGGGCCCGCGAGCCAAUCCGCGUCUCUCCGCACCGGCCGCCGGCGAAUCAGGGUGCAGGCACCGCCCUGUGGUCCCGCCCCCACGGCAGAGUUGGGAGAAAAGUUCUGCUGGGGCGAUCCCACUCACCGGCCAGCCCCGGCGGCUCUCACCUAACCUCCGCAGCCCAGCGGGACCAUUCCCCCUGCCAUCCCGUGGCACGCGUUGUUGUGCUGCCAGCAUCGGCCCCACGGCUUCCAGAAAGUGGAAACUGCGAGAUGGGAGAAGCUUGAGUACUGUGCGGCCCAGAUUCCACGGGCACGGGGCCUCGGCGCGGCCGUGGGAACUCAGGUGUGGAAGGAGGAGGAGUAAAGCCGAAAACCCGCCAAGCCUAUCCCGGGAUCCCGCGUCUUCUUUUCUCUGCCGUCUCCCCUCGCUGUUUCUUUCCUCUCCGGUCUCUAAGCCUUCGCCGGAUCAGCCGGCCGCAUUGGGUUUUAGAGUAACAGCACGGUUAGGAGACCCUUGUUUGGCAGAAUGGGAAAUCAAGGCCGGAGGCGCCCGCACUGCCUUGGCGGUGCCUGGAUUGUUUGCACCCGCGUUGGCCGGCUCCGCUAUUCUCUGCCUUAAACGGUUCCCUUUUCUGGGGACCGGUACUGGGGUUGCUGGGCCGCACGUGUUGUCUUGCCCAACCGCGCCAAGAUCUGGGCGCCCGGCGACUGUUUGGUUAGGGCUCUUCCUCCUUCUCUGCAAUCUCUCGUCUUUAAACGCCACACGGCCAGGCCCGGGGCUACGCAGCCCAACUCCCAUCGUUUAUUUGUGUACCAGUGAAUCAGCUUUGUCUGACUUCCUUCAUACAACAUAUUUUUUUAAAAAAAUUUUCCUGGACCCGAUAAGGGUGGGGUUGCUGAAAUCCCGAGCCAGGAUCGCGGCGCUGCAGAGAUGCGGACUUCAUUUGAACAGUUGUUUCUCUGAGUCCUUCAAGAUUGCUGGUUUGGAGUCACUGGCGGCAUCUCUCUUUCUCCUGGAGGGAUCGGCAGAGAUGCUGCUGUGAAGCCUCAGCAGGCUCUCCAUGGUCCUGGAGCUGGGCAAUGAGCAGAUGGAUGCUUUUCAGAAACUCAGGGUCCGGAAAACAGGCAUCUUCUGGCCGGUCAUCGUUUCCCUGAGACAGGAUCAGAUGUGGACAGAAGUGAGGACUUCGACGCAGACCUUGCUUGGUGGAAAGCCCAUCUUUUCCUCAUAGCUGGGAAGCCACGGGCAAAUUACUUAAACUCUGUCGAUCUCCUCCCCAAACUCCUCCCUGUCUCCUGUCUUCUCAAUAAAAGGGGAAUUAAAAUACA